UUCGCAGCAAACCCUCCUCCGCACCCCCCUCCUCGGUCGCCUCCGGCUCGUGCAGCGGAUCUCCGGCGGCGGCGGCGGAGAUGUCCCGUAAGAGGAAGACGGACGCCGCACCGCGGUUGGACGACGCCGACCGCACGCUCUACUCCAGCUUCUGCGGCGCCGCCAACUCCCUCUCCCAGCUCUACUCCCAGGCCAUGGCGCAGCAGAAGCUCUCCUUCCAGUCCGGCGAGCGGCACGCCCUCGAAAAGCUCCACCAUUGGAUGGUGAGGAAGCAUGAGGAGGAGUCGAGGCUUACUGUAGCUGACAUAAUGGCUCAUAUCCAGCAUGAGAUUGACUAUGGAGGUACUGAUGCACUUGUAUCCCCAAGAGGACAUCCGCAUCCCACGAGUGCAAAUCAGUUUACAAGUAUUCAACCCUCAGCUGGUUUGUAUGCACAAGCAACAGCCGGGCAUGCUCCUAGACCCACCCUCAGUGACCAGUCAAAGAAUAGUCUAUUCUCAAAUGCGCUAUCAAGCCCAGUCCGCAGGAGCCUCCAGAAUUAUCAUUUGACCCAAGGUGCUGGUAAUGGAGGACGGAAUACUGAAACAAACUCAGCAGGGCAGAACCGAGAGGCCAACUCUGCAAGCUCGAAUGAUACCUCCAUGGACAUGGUUUCAGACAGCGCCGGGAACGGGUACUACUAAUAAGGUGGUUCAUAGCGAGAUAUUGCAUGCACAACCAGGCAGCAUCGCGUACCAGUAUCAUCCCUGGCUUUUGAAUGUUCUGUAUUUUCCCUAAAGCUCAUGCACAGUGUGGGCUUGUUUGUAGUCGCACAUUUGGCGAUUCUCUUUCAGUUUCUUGCAGUUAUUUUGUUUUGUGAAGCCUGUUUUGAGAGUAUAAUAUAUAUGUAUGCUUCUAUCCUAUAAGUCAUGCCUUAUAAGUUAUAUCCCAACAAUGGUUCACAUGAAGAUACUUAAUGUAAAUGAUUGCAUUGUGGUAUGUUGAAA